CUAGUAUAUUAUUAAAACCCGAUCAGCUUUAGCCACUCACACAUGAAUACCCAGCAAUAUCAAACUAUAUAGAAACAUGCCUUUUCUUCCUGAUGAUUAUCUCCCCUAUUUGGAAUACCUACCCGACUUGCAAAAAUGUGCCAACAUAUUCAUGACAUUCACGCCGCUAUUCAGUUAUGGACUGACAUGUUACUCUAUCCACCGGACUAAGUCUUCGCUGGGUUUCUCCCUCGAUAUAUGUUGUACCAUGUUAAUGGCAUCGAUUCUUCGUGUGUAUUAUUAUAUGUGUUCUCCGUUUGAGAUCACUCUCUUGCGACAAUCAAUAGUGAUGAUUUUCAUUCAAUGCAUAUUAUUGAAAGUCGGGCUAAAGUAUCGUAGUCAAGGAUACGACCCUGAUUUCCUCACGCCUAUGCCGGUAUUUCAACUAGAAUUAACAUCGCGGGUUCCACGAAGGAUGUCAAGUGCCCAUGCUAUGAAACAUGAAACAUACUGGAUGGGCGACUGGUUGAGUUCAGUGAAGUUAAUCAUGAGGGAUUGUUACAAGUUUACUCAAGGUUAUUUAUCUGUGUUAUUUAUCCUGGCUCUUCGGUUCUUUGAUGUUUAUUUCCAAAGACCGGGUCAUUUCUGGCAAUGGAAACAUGAGAAGCCAUAUUGGGUAUUUGUUGUGUCGUUCAUGGGGUUUUUUGCAACUUGUACCUUGUUCUUGCAUUCAAACACGACAUACGCUAGCACCAUCGGUAUUCUCGGGUUGUUUAUAGAGAGUUUAUUACCGCUUCCCCAGAUAUUGUUGUUGAACAGGCUAAAACUGGUGGAGAACUUUAAAGUGAUUCUUUUGUUGAGUUGGUUAGGUGGUGAUUGUAUCAAGAUUUCCUAUUUACUCUAUGGAACAAACGAUAUUUCAAUAAUCUUUAUACUUGCUGGUUUGUUUCAAAUGAGUUUGGAUAUAUACAUUGCGACACAGUAUAUCCAAUUUAAAUAUGGUAAACACGAACAAGACAUACCCUUGCAAGAUAGGCUGAUUGAUGAUAUUGUUUUUUCCAUGUUGGAAGAGCAGAAAUCGCCUACUGACACUACAUAAGUUUAACAUACUACUACUACUACCCAAAAAACUAUUAAUGAGCUACAUUGUAUAUAUUAUAAAACAUACAUACACUUUAUAGAUUAAUUUU